AUGAACGCCAAGUGCUCCAACCUUGGAUUCGCUUUAUGUUUCAUCCAUAACUUCAAGAAUCGAUUCAAUUCUUUGCAAGUCAGAUUAGAAUUAAAAUUGGCCCUCUCUACACUAUCUGCUCGUACCAAGACCCUCGUGAAAUCUCUCAAAAUUCAAAUCAGAAAAACUUAUAUACAUAUCCGUGAGGAAGUCUCCUUCAGUAUUUGGAAACUAGAUUUCAAUCAGGAGGACUGGUAUUUCUCGACCAACGUCAAUGAUGCUUAUAUCACAAAUGACAUGCUGGAUGAGCCGUGCUAUCUGGAGACCCGAACCUGGGUUGAUGACCAGAUACCAAUUUUUCUGUGGAAAAAGGAAGGAUUUACCGUGAACAACUGGGUGCAACAUUUUCUAGAAGUGUUGGGCCGCAAGGAAAUCGAUAAACUAUUCUUUCAAUGUAAUCCGGAAAACUUAAAUCUAGAAAUCCUGCAUAAAGCGAUUGGAGAUGUCAAUCAGCUUCACAUUCAACAUCAAUUAUCAGCGGAAAGCUGUCUGCAAAUUGUGCAAUAUUUACAGUCCGCCAAAGUUCUUAGCAUGUUUUUAGGUCUCUCAGAAAACUUUCAGAAAAUUCUGCUUCAGAACUUUGAGAUUGUGAUCCUCACUGCCCGCCAGCCUGCAAUCAUCGACCUCGACACCUUGCUAGUAAUUAACAGUUGCUCUAUCCAGCUCCAAGGGUUAAAUAUCACCAACAAAACUGUCAAUCGCUUUUUAAAACACUGUAUAGCUGGGAGUAACCCGAAUAUGCGGCACUUAGGCGUUUUGUUGCCGGCAAAUGAAGUUUUCUCUGAAACUGAAGUAUUCCGAGGUGUGGAUUGUUCUUUUGCGCCAGAGGAUAGAGAACUAGAGUUCAAGGAUCACAUGGAGACUGUGGAGAAAUCGAAAACUACGAUGGUGACCGGUGGCAUUGAUAUAAGAAAGAAAGAAUCGGGAACAACGGCGACUAUAAAAUGUGAGGAUGGCCAGUUUCAAAUGAAUGUUUGGGAUGACUAA